AUGAGACAACUAGCUCUGGUUGUCUUGUUGAUUGUGUGUAGCGUGCUAUGCGCCCGCGCACGGGAGUUUAACAUUAACUGCAACUCAAACCUGGUCAUGUACUGGGGCCAAAACAGUCACGGCGCCACAAGCCCCGGCGAAAACCAGCUCCCACUCGACGAGUACUGUGACAAAGAAGCCGGUGACAUGCUGGUUUUGUCUUUUCUUUCAGAGUUUAACGCCGAUGGCCUGCACCCGCCCAUUCUGAACCUGGCAAACUCGUGCCUAACUACAUUUGACAACUCGACGUUGCUACACUGCCCCAACAUUGGCAAGGCCAUCGAGAAAUGCCAGAAAAGGGGCAAGGCGGUCAUACUUUCCUUGGGCGGUGCCAGCGGCGCAUACGGUUUUACUAGCGAGGUGCAGGCAGAGAGAUAUGCGGACAAAAUUUGGGACAUGUUCCUCGGCGGCACCGCGCAAUACCGUCCGUUUAACGGAGCAGUGCUGGACGGCAUUGACCUGGACAUCGAGGGUGGCUCAUCUAUUGGUUAUGUUCGUUUUGUCCAGCGGUUGAGGGAGAGAUUCAUUGAGUCGCCUGGAAGACGUUUCUACGUGACAGCUGCACCCCAAUGCCCGUAUCCAGACUUUUAUUCGGGCCCGAUAUUAGAUAACGCUUAUCUGGACAUGGUGUUUGUGCAGUUCUACAACAACUACUGCGGCGUGGACAAGCCCAAUUGGUUCAACUUUGAGCAGUGGCAUGAGUGGGCCACUACAGUUUCGGCCAACAAAGAUGUGCGUGUUUACCUCGGUGUUCCCGGCUCGCCGUUGGCCGCCAGCACUGGUUACAUGCCGCUGGACAGAUUGGAGGGCUUGUCAACGCGACCCGGGAAAAGUUCAACACGUUUGGUGCACUACAAGCAGUCCUAUCCAGACUUGUACGAUCACAAACUUGCCAAAAUUGGCGACAAGAUGGUGGCUCUUAUUGGCGGCAAAAACAUGGUGACUGAUGUGGCCCGAAACGCAGCUGGUAAAAUAACGGAUAUCAGCCAGCAGUCGGACCAGAGAUGCAGCCGCAAAGAGACAACAUUAGAAGAGAGUGCCGAAGAUAGCACAGAAACAACCCCCGAGGACAACAACGAGACCACCACCAUGGAGACGACUAAGCUGCUGUUUGCUACCAUUACCAAGACACGCAAGGUUCAUAUUGUGACACAGCACGUCACCAAACGUGUCAGAAAACCACCCGGCAAUGGUGCCUUGAAUUUGCUCACCGAUUGCAGCACAACCACCACAAACAAGACCUUUCCAUUGUCACUCCAACAUUCCAGUUACCCAUCGCGCGCUGCCCGCGGGCUGACCAGCCUUGCAUUGGUGCUGGGUUUGCUUGCAACGGUUACGAGUUUGGCCAGUGCUUCCUUCUGGCCCCGUAAGCACAACUACCCACGCCAAGAAGAAGAAAAAAAGAGAAAGGACAACGACGACGAGUCAAACAGCGAGUCGGAAGACGAGAAUGACGAGUACAUCUACAACAAAUACGGCGAGAAACAAAAGAAAACUGCGACGCCUACGGUUACCGACAUGGAGCUUAUUAAGAAAUCGUCGGGAGUCAACCUCAUUGACGACCACAACCGCCGCGAGGAUCCAGCCAUGCUCAUGUUUGCAGCUAGCUCGGCGCCACAGGGAAUUUUGCCUACUGCGCCAGCCUCCGAGUGCAGUGCGCAUGCAGGCGCCCUUUCCAAGCGCGAUGUCAGUGACAUUACUGGCGCAUCAGUCUCCAUGGCACACAUCGGUAAAAAGCCCUGGCGCUCGCAAGUCGAGGACUUUUAUACUAUCUACGCGCUGUACUCGGCAUUCUCAGGAAUUUCCAAUGACAUGACCCGCCAGCAGUUUGAACGUUAUGAUGUCUCUGGCGGGCCGCCCGCUGCUUGCUCGGUUUACAUUUGUCCCCUGCGCGGCGAGGAUGACGACUUUAAGCACUACCUUUCAAAGGACGGCCAGGUUGAGGAGGAUAUUCUGCGCUGGCGCGUUGCUCUGCCUCUGCCUCUUAAUGCCACCAUGCUACACACUAGCCGAGGAUUAUUUUACGCUGAUGACCGGGUGUCUGCCGAGGUUAAAUCCAUGUAUAUGCAGCGCGUUGCCUUCUACAACGAUAACAUCCGCUUGAACACCAACAAGAAGCAGUCCGGUCCCGAGUUUCAGCGACUUGAAGAUUUGGCAGCGGGCCACAGUUCUAACGCAACGGACGCCACCAACCGGGAGUUUACCGAUGGUCCAAACUAUGACAGUAUUCGGCGAAACUUGAUUUCUCCAUCCGUGAUGAUGCAUAUUCUCCACAAGAGCCAAUACCCCUCCAGAGUUCCUCGACGAGCCAGUUCCUAA